AUGAAAAAAUAAAUAUAUGUAUGCUUGCUCAUCUUCUUAAUAAUUGGAUAGGCUCAAUGCUCAUUUUUGGAUGAUUUAAAAACUGGAGGAGAAAUAUUUGCUUCAACAACAGUUGGAGCAACAAUAGUAGCUAAGGGUGGUUUAACUAUUUUAGGAUUUUCAUCUACAGGGCCUAUCGCAGGAACUUUUGCUGCAGCCACCUAAGCAGGUAUUGGGAAUGUAAUAGCAGGAAGCGCUUUUGCUACAGCAUAAAGUUUGGCAAUGUCAGGAAUAGUAGCUGUAGCAGGACCUGCGUUGGUCGUUGGAGCUGUUACAGGGGCUGUUUAUGUCGUUUAUCAAUAAUUUUGAUUAUGUUAGUCUUAUAUUAUAUAAAUAAUC